AUGGACUUUCUGAAAUCAUUUGCCCACCCAGACGAGGUGAUGGCCCUUCUUCGCUUCAAAUUUGGAGGUUGUGAGGUGGUCAUGCCUAAAUGUGACUUCGGCGCUAUGACACCAACUUUGAAACAGUGUUACGAGUUUCUUAACUUGACCAGCCGCAGUUUUGCUGCUGUAAUUCAAGCCUUAGAUGGUGAACUGAGGGAUGCUGUGUGCAUUUUUUACUUGGUUCUACGAGCUCUAGACACAGUCGAAGACGACAUGACAAUACCUAUUCCAGUUAAAGUGCCUAUGUUAAAGUCCUUCUACAAAAAUCUGUGGGACCCUAAUUGGAACUACACCGAGAGCAAUGACAAGGACAGAAUUGUGUUGGAGAAUUUCCCGAGUAUAUCACAAGAGUUUAGAAACCUGGCAGAAAUUUACAGAGAAGUGAUCUCGGACAUCUGCCAGAAGAUGGGUGAUGGCAUGACGAUUUUUCUAGAAAGGAAAGUUGAUACGAUGGAAGAGUGGGAUGAAUACUGCCAUUAUGUGGCUGGCCUUGUGGGAAUCGGUCUUGCACAACUUUUUUCGGCAUCUGGACAGGAAGAUGCAAUAAUCGGUGAGGACACAAGUCUCGCCAACAAACUCGGGCUUUUUCUCCAGAAAACCAAUAUCAUUAGAGACUACUUAGAGGAUUGGAACGAUAAGAGAAUUUUCUGGCCGAGAGCUACAUGGAGCAAGUAUGCUUCAGAUUUAGGAGACUUUGCUCUGCCAGAAAACCAAGAAAAGGCCGUCCAGUGUUUGAACGAUCUGAUCACAAAUACUCUAGAGCUUCUCCCGUCUGCAGUGCUGUUUAUGAGCCGGCUGAAGACUCAGAGCAUCUUCAACUUUGUGGCUAUUCCUCAAGUCAUGGCUAUAGCCACUCUAGAGCGCUGCUACAACAAUCCUAAAGUGUUCUCUGGUGUUGUCAAGAUCAGAAAGGGCGAGGCUGUGCGGAUUAUGAUGGGAUCCACGUCGCUGGAAAAAGUCAAAGCCAUAAUUAGACACUUCACAUUACAGAUAAUUGAGAGGAUUCCCGAUACAGAUCCCAAUGCCAGUAAAACCCGUGCCGUGUGCCAGAAAGUUCUAGAGGUCACGGAAACACAGCAGGAGUACACCACCUCAACCAUCUAUCCACCCCUGUACAUGAGCAUGGGCUUGAUGUUGACCGCUAUUGCCUACACAUACUGGUCUCAGAUACUUCAGCUCUACGAUGAUUUGUUCUGA